AUGCACUCCGCUUUCAUCGUCCUCGCGGCUCUGGCUGCAGCCGUUUUCGUGGAGGGAACCGAUGUCCAAGUGUUCCAAGCAGGCCCCACGACCCUUCCUCUGCACGCCGUAAAGGCCAGCGUCGUUAAUGCCAAUGCUGUCGCAACCACUCUCGCCAUCAAGUGCGAGGGAAACGUAUGCACCCCCGGUGAUCACUGCGGCCUCUGCAGCCCUUUCACCAUCACCCAGGGCCCGUCCACCUACAGCGUCAGCGCAGUCUACUCAGCCUCUGUGGGUGGAGUCGAGGAAACGCACACUGUAGUACAAGACUGCGACAUCACCUCAUCCACCGAGUUGGCCACGUGCACACUGUCCGCCAAAGUGGAAGUCUCGGCACUUGGAAGAAAGACCGCCACCUCGUCCUCGGCGACGGUUACCUUCCACUCUGACGAUAUUUGGUAUACACCUGUUUUGGUGACCGCUGGCGCGGAGAAGUUGACGGCUUCUCGAGCGACACAGUCAGUGUCAGAAACAACACAGACAGCGUCUACAGCAACGCAGACGGCUGGAAAUAAUGACGCUGUUGCUGUAAAUGCUGCGCCGGGGAAUAUGGGGCUCGGUCAGGUUGCUGUUGUGGUUGUCGCUGCCGCUGCAAUUGGGCUUUGGUAG